AUGAAGAAAACAUCAUCUUUGGUCUGGCGGUUUUUCGACCGGCUGGAGGAAGACAAGAGAUGUGUCGCCGUGUUGUGUAAAUUGUGUGAUACGCAAUAUAAGUACUUCGGAAACACCACCAACCUACGCACGCAUCUAGUGAACAAACACCCGAUACAGUGGGAUUUACUGCACAAUGGGACCCUCGACGAGACCGCCUUCCGAGCGUUCGACGACGGCGAUAACACAAACCAAUCCAUCGCAGCGAAACGGAAGAAAUAUAUAAAGAGCUACAAAGACGAAAAUGUACGUUAUUCUGUUUCCGUUGAUCUUAAUAACAGACGAGAUAGACGAAAUGUCUCCACGGAGAACUCAAUGCCAGUUAUCGAAAUACAACGGGUGGAUGUACUAGAAAAUUCAGAGACUGAUAAUGAAAACCACAAUGAUGGAAACGAAGAGCCCAUAAAUAUAGUUCGGCAGAUGCAUGGAAGCAGAGGCUCUGACGAAGAAUGGCUCAAUGAUGAUUUAUAUGAAACAGUUGAAACAUAUGAACCUCAGCGUAAAAGAAUGAAGUAUAGAAAAAUAAAAAGAGAAGUCACAUCACCACCCGCUAAACCUAAAUAUGUUGUGAGGAAUACCACCAGCAACUAUCAAAGGCCUGAAAGAAUUAUCAUUGAUGGAAGUCCAAGAAAAGAUGAAUACUCUGUAUUUGGAGAUUAUAUCGGCAAUAAAUUGAGAAAAAUGAAUAACCAACAAGCUCGUUGUAAUGUACAACAGUUAAUUACUACAAUAUUAUGGCAAGCCGAAUAUGGUUUAUAUGACAGUAUGGAAACAGUAAAGAGAGUCUUGUUACAUUCCGUUCAAGAGAUGGAAGUCUCACAACCACAAGUGGAGCAGAUCAUUGUUCAUGAAAGUCAAGAAGAAUUAGAAACCAAAGAUGAA